AUGGAUUACGAAGCGCUCAAGGAUCAAUGGAGUGAUGUGGAGGACCGCGAUGGCCUCAGACUCAGCUGGAACACCUUCCCGAGCUCUCGCAUGGAAGCUUCUCGGCUGGUUGUCCCCAUCGGUGCUGUUUACACUCCUCUGAAGGAGAAGCCAGAUACCCCAAUCCUUCAAUAUGAGCCCGUUACUUGCAAGCAACCCUGCCGGGCUGUACUCAAUCCAUUUGCCAAUGUCGACAUCCGCGCACGAGUCUGGAUCUGUCCCUUCUGUUUGAUGCGCAAUCCUCUCCCGCCGCACUACAAGGAUAUCACGGAGCAGACGAUACCCCCAGAGCUCCACCCGACCAGCACUACGAUCGAGUACCAAUUGGCCCGCCCCGCCCCGGCUCCCCCGAUCUUUGUCUUCGUUGUCGAUACUUGCCAGGAGGAGGACAGCCUGCAGGCGGUUCGUGACUCGCUCGUUAUGAGCUUGUCUCUGCUGCCGCCCAAUGCGCUCGUCGGUCUGAUUACCUACGGCACUAUGACCCAAGUGCAUGAGCUUGGCUAUGCCGAGUGCGCCAAGUCCUAUGUGUUCCGAGGCAACAAGGACUACACCGCCAAGCAGGUUCAGGAGAUGCUGGGCCUCGUUUCUGGCGCCCCUCGCCCUGGCAUGCCCCCUCAGCAGCAACCGCAACGUCCUCCCCUUGGCCCCGCUGCCCGCUUCCUCCUGCCCGUCCAACAGGCCGAGUUCCAGAUUACCAAUGUCCUCGAGCAAAUGCAACGCGACCCAUGGCCCGUGGCCAACGACAAGCGGCCUCUUCGCUGCACUGGUGUUGCCUUGAGCGUCGCCGUUGGCUUGCUCGAGACUUCCUUCCAGAAUGCCGGUGGCCGUAUCAUGGCCUUCCUGAGUGGUGCGGCUACAGAGGGCCCCGGCCACGUUGUUUCACCUGAGCUGAAGGAGCCUAUCCGUUCCCAUCACGAUAUCGACCGUGAUAACAUCAAGUACUACAAGAAGGCCGUCAAGUUCUACGAUGCUCUCGCCAAGCGUGCUGCAAACAACGGUCACAUCGUUGAUAUCUUUGCCGGCUGUCUCGACCAGGUCGGUCUUUUGGAGAUGAAGAACCUUUCCAACUACACUGGCGGUCACAUGCUCCUUACAGACAGCUUCACGUCGUCUCAAUUCAAGCAGUCAUUCAUCCGGGUGUUCGACAAGGAUGCUAAUGACAACCUCCUGAUGGGCUUCAAUGCCUCUCUGGAAGUCCUGACCACCAAGGAGCUCAAGGUGACCGGUCUCAUCGGUCACGCUAUUUCCUUGAACAAGAAGUCCAGCUCAGUUGGCGAGACGGAGUGCGGUAUCGGUAACACAUGCGCCUGGAAGAUGUGCGGUAUUGACCCGUCCUCGAGCUACGGUGUUUACUUUGAGAUUGCCAACCAAGGCGGCCCCGCUGCUGUGCAGGCUGGUCCUCAGCGGGGUAUGAUGCAGUUCUUGACAUACUAUCAGCACUCUUCAGGGCAUUACCACCUGCGUGUGACUACCGUCGCACGACCCCUCAGUGGUCCUGCUGGUGAUCCCACCCUGGCUCAGUCUUUUGAUCAGGAGGCGGCUGCCGUACUGAUGGCCCGUAUCGCCGUCUUCAAGGCUGAGGUUGAUGAUGGCCCCGAUGUCCUGCGCUGGGUCGAUCGCAUGUUGAUCAGACUGUGCUCUCGGUUCGCCGACUACCGGAAGGAUGACCCAACAUCGUUCCGCCUGGAGAAGAACUUCACCUUGUACCCACAGUUCAUGUUCCAUCUGCGGCGAAGCCAGUUCUUGCAGGUGUUUAACAACUCCCCCGACGAGACUGCUUUCUACCGUCACGUUCUGAACCAUGAGGAUGCUGGUGACUCACUGGUCAUGAUCCAGCCCACUCUGGACUCGUACUCUCUCGAGCAGGAGGGUAGCCAGCCCGUCCUCCUGGACUCUGCCUCCAUCCAGCCCGCGCACAUCCUCCUCCUCGACACUUUCUUCCACAUCCUUAUCUUCCACGGUGAGACGAUUGCCGAAUGGCGCAAGGCCGGAUACCAGGACCAAGAGGGCUACGAGAACCUCAAAGCGCUGCUGGAUCAGCCCAAGGAAGAUGCUAGAGAACUCAUUUCGGACCGUUUCCCUCUGCCCCGAUUCAUUGUUUGUGAUGCCGGUGGCUCUCAAGCUCGUUUCCUGUUGUCCAAGCUGAACCCGUCCACCACGCACACCACCGGUGGAUACGGUGGUGGUGUUUCCUCGCAGACCAUCUUCACUGAUGACGUCUCGCUUCAGACGUUCAUGGAUCACCUGAUGAAGUGA